GGAUCUUGAUCAACAACUUGAAGAGGUGAAUUAGCUCCUAAAAACGGAUGUGGGUUCUCAUAGUAGAUCAUCGUUCGGAGAAUAAAACAAUCCAGCAAGCAUAUUAUUCGUAAUACUAGAGACGGCAAAGAGACAAGGUUAUUUCUGCUUAACAAAGUUUGUGGUUUGAAAGAUUGACCUUGAGGACAGACGCAUCCGCGGUUGCUAACAUUUGUUUAUAAUUUAAGGGUGCAAUCGGCUACCGUGUGCUAUAACUUAGAAUCAUAAUACCACGAUGGGAGAACAACAAGAGACAAGGGACAGUGUCACAUAUGGUUCAUACUAUUUGCAAAUUGCUUUUAAUCCUAUCAUGGGCUUAGAUGAGGAUAUUGAAGCAUUUACUGAAGAAUUCGCCGAUUUAGGCAGUCCUCGUUUUGUGGAUUUUGCGGAGCUCUGGAAGAAGUACAAACUGAUCCAUUUAAUUCAGGGGAGGCAGUGCCAACACGGUUUAUAUGACAUAGUUGGCUGCAUUUUUCACCGGUUGGUUAGUCUGUUCCAGCCAACCUUAUCUAAAAACAAGUUAGUUCGUAUAUGCGCACUCUACCUUCUCUAUGCUUUUCACGGGAAGCAGCCUAUUCGCAAUCAUGUUCAUAUACGUGUUUGUCCUAAAAGUUGGUCUUGGAUCUUACAGGUUGCUACGGAGGCUCGUGACGAAGGACACUUAGAUGUGUAUUACGUUUUUCGGAAACUAUGUGCUGCAAAUGCAUUUUUAUUUUGUGCAAUGCGGCAAGUGUUAUAUCCCGGGGCCCCCCUUUUUGACAGUCCUGCUGUGAAUCGGGAUGAUUUUACAGAAGGCCGUACCGCCUCGCCAGCUGAAGAUCUAUCCGAUGUUUCAAAAGCUACUUUCAGUCAUCGACGUGACCUUCUCACUUGUUCUCUACCUGUUGUCAAAGCUCUUCAGGCUCCUUCAGGAUUAAACCAAACGGUACAGUGUUUAAAUAUGAGUUUGUCGCGUUAUGCUGAGGCCAAACGUUUACUUACACAAAAACUUAGGAUAAAUGAUGGAAAUAUUGCUUUGGAUUCUUCGAAAACACAAGGCACUGAUGGAAUGGAAGAUCCAGAGGAAGAAUAUUUGCCAGGCCUAAAUCUUGUAACUUUCCCCGAUUCCCUAAAUCGUAUUGAGAUACUUUCAAUGGAAUUGGAAAACUCAACCAAACAAAAUUGCCUUAAAAAUCGUUUUACUCCCAGCACAAAGUCCAGUACGCAUAGUCCUUCGGUUAAAGCGUCUCCUUCAGUGGAUGUAAAAGUUCCAGAUAUCGAAAAUCUCCUUGAAACACCACGUAUUGGCGUAGUAGUUGGUGCUGGAAUAGUUGGGUGUAAAAUGAAAAGUCGUAAAAGUGCUGAGAACAGUCCAGUUUCUCAACCUUCUGACAUUCAACAAAUUAGUAAACAUUCUUCGCCCUCAAAAACCACCACUUCAAAUUCGUCAAAAAAGUCUGAGGAAACAACAACCGAUGUAAAAGAAGCCGUUAGUUGGGGUGAAAGAAUUCGACUCUUAAAAAGGCCCUCAACGUGGGCUAAAGAAUUAGCGGAACAAGCCGAAAGUGUGUACAAGGAUGGUUGCCGCCGAAGUAGGCGACGUCCGACAGAACCCAAGGUUAUUACUGCAUCUACAAGUAAAAAACAACAAAGAAAGUCCUUCAGAUAAAUGAAUUAUAUUUUUUUGCUAAUAUUUGUAUAUUUUCCUGUAUUUAAUUUCAAGUUGUUUCUUUUAAAUAAAAUCGGCAAAUCGUUUAAGAAAUAAUGCUUUAAGUUUUAAAUUUUGCAUGUUUGUGCGUUUAGUUUUACUGUGCAGAAAAUGUAAUUUUAUGUUAUUUUGUAGCGAUUGAGAUCAAAGGUAAUUGUGUAAAAAUCGUUUCACAUGAAUAACAUGAUAUUUUCCGGGACUUAUCAUACUUAUAAAUGUCAUAACAAGAAAAGAUUACGGAGACAAGGCAUUACGAUCAAAAGUAAUGUUUUGAUUGGGAUAUCAGUCUCUAGCAAUGUAGUGGAUAGAAGACAAUUUGUUCUUUCUCCCAGCUAUGUAUCAUAUGUAAAAUCAUUUCUAAAUAAGAACUAAGCCAUUUCAUCACAAUUUGAAACUCACCAGUUUGACAGUGACCACAGUCUUUGCAAGACAAAAGCAAAAUAAAUGGAUAAUACAGAGGAGACAGAUAACACUAGACACUUAUUUAGGCUUAUCAGAGAGACUGUGACUAAAAAUUCAACCUUUGUUAUCACCAAAAUACACUAGACGAUCACCCACUCGCAGAUCGUGCAAUUGGAAUGAUCGAUAGAACAUUGGAAAGCGAUUCAACAAGUAGCCUCCAGCUAUCUUGUAUUUCUCCACCAUUCAUAAACAUUUUGAAUGCGACGUCGAUUUCGAAUAUUCAACUCUUAGCGAAUUCGUAAAGAUUAUAACCGACCUAAGCUUAAGUAGAUUAGCAGGCACAUGUAGUUUAAUUUCAGUGGUAUUUAAGGGAUGUUGAUCCAGUUUUGAUAUUGACUAAGGUGUUUGCUAGAGUUUAAAAUCUGGACGUAAUCCAAUCAAAUUGGUCGCGACUAUUGAUCGCCCUUGUUUAUAAUGAAGGACAGAAAUCCUCUUUUGUUAUGAUCAUAGAGUAAAGAAUUUAUCUAAUAUAGCGUUUAUGAUAUUAGCAUAAGUAUGCAUCUGACACUUACAUGGAUUUUACAGACAAUAAUCUCGUGAGAAACAAAAUCUCACACCCGGUUUUGGAUAUUUAGAUCAAAUAUUCGUCCUUCGAUGAGUUUUGGUAUUCAAACUUAUCGAGGGCUGAAUGUAGUUGUACUUCAUGACCAGAAGGUUGCAUUCGAUUUUGUAAUCGAUGUGCUCUGCUGGGUUGUCUGUUAUUGCAAGAUGUAUCAUAAAUUAUCAGUCUGCUGAAGGUUUUUUACUCGAACACUACUGGUUAGGUUAAAGCUUACGGUGAAUAGUCAUUAGAAUUGGAGAUAUCAAGUAUUGCUCUCUAGAACUACCCACUUUGCCUCUGUCAUUAGUGGGGUUCUUGUGGCAAUUCUCCAUGUAAUGUUUUAUGGAUAAAUUAUCUAGCCAGAUAUACCUUGAUUAAUUUAGAGUAUGCGAACCGCAUAUUCCUGUUUAACAAAACUGAUGGGAAAAUGCAGUCUUAUAGACGCUUUGAGUAACGAUACAAGGAUUUUGGCGUUGGGUUUCUAUCCCUUUGAAUGGAAAGUGUUGCCUUAGUAUCUGAUUUGAUCAUAAAGGGAAAAGUAGUAGAGUACGUUGACCUCUUUAAUUAUCUUGGGUGCUUUAUCUUCCCUAAUUGGUCGGUAGCCUAUGGAAUUUCCACAUAGGUACGAAAAUCUAUUUGGCCCUUACUAAGUAGUACUCCAUUCAGCUCAAAAAAGAUGUCUAUUUGCCUAGCAUAUUGUUCAUCAGUUUGUUUUUCACUGUCUUACGACUGUGAAAUACGAUCUUUUGAGGCAAAAAACAUAUUUAAACUCUAAGUAUUUGAUCUUAGGUGUUUUAAAAGUAUUGCGCAUGAUGGAGUUAAUGAGCACGUUGUUUGAUUGGGCUGCAGAUCAUCUACUGAUGUAGUUAUGGUAUAUGUUACUCAUACCUAGUCAAUUAUCACGACAUGCAACAAUAGUUUGCACAAGAGUAAGAUGGAAAAAAUAUAAGUGACAAAGAAACCAAGGAAUAGCAUUAGCCCAUAUAGUCAUUAAAUACUAGUCCAAGUUGUGAAAGCCUAUAUAAACGGUUCAGUAGGAGCCGGCCCGAGAUACUCACCAUAUUUACACUUAUUCUUUAUCUAAGUCCUUAACAUAAUAUUAUUCGGCAUUUACUGUUCUUUGAUCUAAUCACUUCUUUCCAAACUGUUUCCAUUUUAUUAUUUAUUUAUUUGAACACAUAAAUACUGGUACAAGGGGGCACCAAAUACAUAUGCGCCACAUCAUCAAAUUUGUUUGAGGGCUGUGAUACUGCCCGGAUGCCCAAACCGAAGCAGGUGGUUUUCUUAGGGGGCCACACCCGGAGCCUUCGACCUAAAGGUCUGAUCCACAAGGCAGUGGAGCAUCGUAAGGAGAUGCAAUCCCAUGGUAGCUGAUGACCAACGAUUGGUUCAUACGACAUUUGUUCUCUCAGGGUACUAGAGCUUAUGUGCACCAUUGGUUUGUAAUCAGGGUUUUGCAACUCCCUAGGUGGACUCUCCGUGUCCACCAACCCGAUUAAAGUGCCGAACAUUCGCUUUUCGUCCUCUCAAUUCCGUAAACAACAUCCCUGCCACGAGAAGGCAGUGAGUAGGACUUCCCUGGUGGAAGCUAUAUACGCGUGGCCAUGUGAGAGCAUUUCGAGAAGCAGAGCGGACUCUCCCCACUCUCGGCCGUACCAGGGCAUUUGGGGGCAAAUGUUUUCAUUUGGAUUGACAUUAUCAUCUUCUGCCCUUCGCGAAGUUUUUACUUACACUGUGCCGAUAUAUAUAUAUAUAUAUAUAUAUAUAUAUAGAGAGAGAGAGAGAGAGAGAGAGAGAGAGAGAAGAAUUACUGGGUCCAGUUUCUUAUCAUUUCUUAUGAUUUUUAUUUGCUUACUAAUUCAAAUGCAGACACGAAUAGGCUUUCUUUUAAACUUUUUAAAAGGAUCUAUAAUAUUUUGUUGGAUUCGAAUGGUUGUUUACAAGUAAUGUCUCCAGUUACGCUUAGAAAUGAAAACAAACCACAACUACCCAAUAACUUAAGUAGAGGUAAAUCACAGAAGUCAUCAUUAGCUAAAGAUUCUAUACAAUCUAAAAAUCACACCAAUUUUAUUCCCAAUAACCAUUCAACAGUAUUUUCAUCUAAAUUAAAAGAAACACCGGUAACAUCAAAAUCAAAUGAUAUACUUGAUAAUCGUCUUAAUCAAUUAGAUGAUUCUACAAAAGAAUUAUUAUCAUAUUAUCGUCAUAAAGUGGAAACAUUAACUGAAGAUCAUGAAACUGUUCAACGUCGUUUAGAUAAAAUUUAUGAUGCUAUAGGAAAUCAAGAAUCACUUAGUUUAGAAUUAAAUCAACGUGAUGCUGAAAUUUCAGAAUUACAAAGAGCAUUAUCUGAUAUGCAGGUUUAUCUUUUUCAAGAACGCGAACAUGUUUUACGUUUGUAUGCCGAAAAUGACCGUUUGAAGAUUCGUGAGUUAGAUGAUCGACGUAAAAUACAACAUUUAUUACAAUUAUCCAAUUUAGGACCAAAUGAAAUCACUUAUUUUUUAAAACAGCCUAACAUUGAAUCACAAAAUGUAGUUAAUCAAGAAACAGUUGAUAAUGAAAAUGGUGAACAUUUCAUUGAUGACGAGAAUAGAAAAGCGGACAAAAACACAGCAUGGAUUUCAGCUAUGGUUGUUAAACCGAUCAUUCCAACAGCUCCUUCUCAGGGUGUUAUGGAAUUUACUGCAUCAGGAAAAACAAUUUUAAAACCAAGCGGAAGUAUGUAUUUUGUUUCUCUUUGUACACACAUUCGUAAAAGCUGAAAAGUCAGCUUAAAUGGCAAUGAUGAUUGGAGAAUUUUUCCAUAAUUUUACACUAGUUUAUCAAAUAAUAAACAAUGUAGAUGUUACUUAUUCUCAAUCAAAUUCUACUUAUCAAAUUGCAAUUUAAUUACCAGCAAAGGUAACUCGCAUCCAUCAUGCCCUUUUUUGAUUUCCAGCUACUGGAGUCGGUGGAUACAAAUCCUUGGACACAGGUUUUGUGCUAGUUGGGAGUCCCUAGCAGAGUGUAUCUGCAAUCUUGAGGGGACCUUUCAUCACCCUUCGCUGUUGCAUUCAAACCCUUUACCACUGCGCUAACCUAACCGCUCUAUCAUAAACUUGAGAUAUUUAAAAUAAUUGAUCGCCUAAUAGUCACCAAUGUCAUGUUUAUCUAGUCCAUGGUGGCGAUAGGCUUCUGUCGGUCUCUACUAGUUCCCUGAAGAUUGUCUUUAUUCCAUGCUGGGAAAUAUCUUGAAACAUAGCUGUUAGAGACUUAACUUUUCCUUCUAACUCCUCCUAGUAUUGUUAUACUGCCGAGCUUAUUGUGAAUUUUAGAAAGUUUGCUUUUACUACAUCUAAGUAGGUUUGUUUCAAAACCGACUUCAAAUGUGUUCAGCUAUUCAACUUUCCAACUGAGACAUAUUACAAAUCCAUUAAAGUCAUUCUUAUGAAGACAAAAUUCUCCAUAGUAUAUCUAUGGUUUUGAAAUGCAAAUGAUAUUUUCCUUAUUUCAAAAUAACUAUCUCAAUCUGUUGAAUAAGAAUGUUCUCGGCGUUUUUCUAUUAUAUCCAAGUCUUCGUUUGGAACUAGCUAUGACUUAUCUAGGUGUCUAAGUUUACCAAUACAUAAGUUGACAGUCUUAUUCGCUACCGAAUAAGAUUGUUAGAUAUCAAUUCCGGAAAAUCUUUUUAGUGAUAGAUUUAUUUUAGUGUUGUUUUAUGUAUGCUAUACUACUGUUGUGAUUAAUUUCUUUCACAUUUGUGCAUCUUGUUUUUUCCCUCAUAUUUUCAUAUGGAUCAUCCUGGAAAAAAAACCCUUACAAUAUCAGGUCAAAUUAAAUCGGACCAUAAAGUUUGUUCUGAUCCAUCAGAAUCGUCCAAAUCAGAUACAGUUUCUCGAAUAGAACAUAAAGCUGUGCUAAGAGAACUUGAAAUGUCAAAAUCUUCUCUAAGAGCAUUACAAACCCAAUUGGAAGAACAAACACGCAAUGCUCGUGAACAAAUUGAUUCAUUAAUGGAAGAUCGUAAAGCAAUACAGGAAGAGAUGAACAGUUUACGUAAACGUCACGAGGAAAAAAUGCGCAUUUCAUCAGAACAACUUAGACACUGUCAAGGAUUAUUAUAUGACAGCACUAAGGAAUUUCUAGCACAAAGAAAUCAAUUUCGUCAAGCUGAAAAGGUUUGGAUAUUGGAAAAAGAUAAACUUUUAAGUCAAAUCAGUGUUAAAAAAUUGACUUCUUCUAGUGUUACUCCAUCAACACUGUCUACUUUAAAAACUGGUGAACGUAAUACUUGUUAUUCACCUCGAGACAAAAUAAACAAUACUCUAACAACUAUCAAUACUACUAAUUUAUUUAAUAAUAUUCAAAGUUUAGAAGCUCAUGCAUGGAUUGAAUUCAAUCAACAAAAACAAAUUCAAUUAGAGAAAACAAUCGACAAUUUAGAGCACCAAUUAGAUCAAUUACAGAAAUUAUCAGAUAUGUAUAGAGAUCAAGUUAUUCAAUUAGAAGAGGAAUUAGUUCGUGCACGUGAAGAAGGUGUCAUGUCAAAGGAUGUAUUUAAAGAUCAAGCACAAAAACUUCAUGAACGUGUUCAAGUUAUGUCACAACGUUAUCAGAAUUUAGAACGUAGACGUCAGUUAGAAAUGGAAGGUUACCGAACAGAUAUUAGUGUGUUGCGUAAAAAGUUAAAAGAGGUUGAACGACAAUUAUUAAAGUUAACUCUUGGUUUAACCGAUGGGAUCAAUUUACCUGAAUCACUUAAUAUUAACGAUCAUAAAGAUAUUGAUUUGGCUCUAUUAAAACAAGUUAAAGCUUCAACAACACGAUCUAACCAAAUAUUGAAUGAAUUGAAAAGUCUUAAAUUAAAAAUGUAUUCAUUAGAGGAUGAAUUACGCAAAAUUUAAUAAUGCGUCCGGUGAAAGAAAGCCGUCGUUGGCUAGUAACACUGUCGACAAACAUAUCCAUAUUUGUUAUAUAUUUUUAGAUAGACAAUUUCUAUUGUAAAUUACGUCAUCACUGGUUCCCACUAUAAUAUUGUGUUAAUAUACAUUGCUUUUUUUAUUGGUAUCUGGUCUACACAAAUUUACAACUAUAUAUAUUCUUAUUGUUGUCAUUACUAUUUCUCUUUCAUUCUUCACCUUUUUAUACGUAAUUCUUUAUUUUGUCGACUGUGAUGUAAUCGCAUAAUUUAUGAAUAAAAAUCGUUUACUUUAUCGGAUUUAAUUCAACAUUAUUGCUGUUCAAUUGACAACAAGUACAUCACUGUUUAGCUUUUAUUGUUUUCACUUGUUUGUUUCAUUUUUUUAAAACAAACUUUUUGCUUUCGAUCCCGCGAGCGGGAUCGUGGAUGCGCACUGCUGAGGAGUCCCACAAUAGGACAAAACGGCCGUCCAGUGCUUCCACGUUUUCAAUGGUGGUCUAACAUCAAUCAGUUCACGAUCUCGAUCAAAAACUUAACAACCUUCACAACCCCUAUACUGAUAAUAACUUAUUAUGUAUGUCAAAUAGAAACGCAAUCAAAACUUCAAAUAAUUAAAAUAACACAUUGUGUCAUUGAAUAAAAUAAAGAGAAUUCAGCGAAGGAAGUUUGCUUUUCAAUGAAAUCAUUUACUUAAGCUGUAGAUUCGUAUUUAUAGUUGUAUGGUAAAUAUAUGUCUAUAAAAAGAUAGAAGAGAUUGCUUCAAAAAGUGAUAUGAGACUCUAAUUAUCAAAUGUGGUUACGUAAUUAAUCAAGGGUUUAGAGAAGAAUAUAAGGAUGGAAAUAAUUUACAGAUGAGAAUUAUGAAAGAUAAUUGUCCACUUGACAGAUAUGAAGAAAAACGAAAACAUAAAGGUCAUAAUAAUAAAAACUGAAUAAUAAUCAGGAAAACUUGUUUAGUGAUAAUAGUAACUGAUUACAGAACAAUUAUUUCAGCAAACAAAAUAAGGAAAGAAAACAACCCAAAAUAUACUACAGAAGGGAAUGAGGGCAAAGGAAAGAUAGGUCGUUGGAUGUGUCGUUUUUGCACGCAGAGUUGCGUCUUGACUUGAUGGAUUACCAAUGCAUACGUUUUUGAUCCAACCUCCCUUCGAUUCAAUUCCUUUGGUUGUGUAGAUUAUUUUAGAAGAUUCCUACAGAGCGAUAUGUUCCUACACUGAACAGUGUUCUGAGAUACGUUUAGAAAGUGAUCGCUUUGUGCGGCCAAUGCAACCUGCCCCACAGGAGCAAGUCAACUUAUCCAACCUCCUCAUUAUUAUGCAACCUCGUCUGAUAAUUAGAGUCUGGAAUCACUUUUUGAUCCAAUCUUCUCUAUCCUUCUAUAGACAUAUAUUUACCAUACAACUAUAAAUACGAAUGUACAGCUUAAAUAAAUGAUUUCGUUGAAGCGAAAAAUUUCUUUGCUGAAUUCUUUUUAUUUGUAAUCGAGACCAUACAGUUUACAAUUGUAUUUGUUGACAUAAAUUUAGGAAUCAAAUCGAUUAACAGAUUAACUGUUGUACGUUUGAUUUCACUUACUAAGAAGUAUAAUUCCUAAAUUUUCUUUUAAAAAACUUGUUAUUAAUCACAUCCUCGUUAAUUCUAAUGAUUAUAACAUUAAACAAUACUGAAGUGAAUCAUUAAAGGGAAAUGAUUAUUCUCUUAAACGUCCUGAUAUAUUCACCAUUGCCUCUGUUGUGUCCUCGACUUUACGGAUUAUAUUUGAUAAUUGGAAACCCAUUGUAAUUACCAUGUUAGAAAGUAAGGACAGGAAAGACUAGUGCAGUAAAGAUCGACUCUUCAAACAAGUCGUCCAUGAUUAAACUAAAUACAUUCAAUUUACUUAACGAUUUCACCUACUUUUGAUGAUUAGUUAGUAAACACUAUAUAAAUGAAAACAUACAGGGUUACUGUGAGACAUAAAUAUCAGUAUCAGAAG